CAAGAUCUGAGCGGAGAGCAAACUGAUGACGUGGUUGACUCGCGCAGCAGCAGCAGCAGGAUGGCUGACCAGAGCAGGCAAACAAAACUCGCCGCAGCCAAGAAAAAGCUGAAGGAGUUCCAGCAGAAGAGUUCCCCUGUCAGUGUUGGUGUAGAUAAAGCAGGUGGAGGACUUGGUGGUGGCGCAGGAGCUAAAAAGAAGAGGAAAGGGAAAGGAUUCAAUCAGUACGAUGCACCACCAAUAGAAAGAAACUCUCCAGACAACUUUGACAGUAUUCUCAAAACACUUAGCCAAAGCAAUGGAGUUGUCCUGCCUCCAUGUGACAAACGUCAGAACUUAGCCGACAUGGAGACCACAUGCUCCUCAGUUCCCCCGCCCACGGAGGACCUGGCAGCUGAGCUUGACUGCAACACGCCUGUAUCUAACACUACCACUAGCACUAACGCCGCUACUAACCUUCAAAGUGUAAGCCACCAUGCUGACCUGUCACAGAACUACCCCGAUACCAAUGGCAAUGAAAGUUUAACAGAGGAAAAUAUGCCGCUGUCUUCCACAGAGAGCCUGAGACAGCUAUCCCAGCAACUAAACGGCCUUGUCUCUGAGACGCCUGCUGCUCACGUGAACGGCGAGAGAGAACUGGAGAGUCUGAACCAGGAGCUGUCUGCUGCCCUGGAGUCCAGCAACUUAACAAACUCUCAGCUCAAUACCAAGCUUGACCAGCUGGCCAAACAAUCUCAGGAGGUCACUGAUCAGCUACAAAAGGAGCGAAAAGAAUUUGAACAAAAGUUUUCCAAAGAGCAUGGUGCAAUGCGAGAGCAACUGCAGGUUCACAUUCAAACUAUCGGCAUACUUGUGUCGGAGAAAUCGGAGCUGCAGACGGCCCUACAGUACACGCAACAGGCGGCACGGCAGAAAGCAGCCGAGGCCGAGGACCUCAACAGCAGUCUUCAGACAUCAAGGCAGAGAGUGUCGGAGCUGGAGAGAACGCUGUCUUCUGUCUCAACGCAGCAGAAACAGUUUGAAAAGCACAAUAAAGAGUUAGAAAAAGAGAGAGACACUUUGAGGCUGGAGGUAUUUAGACAAAGCAAUUUGAGUGAGGAGUUCAAACAGCUGACCUCCGAGCUGUCAGAGCAGCUGAGGCAGAGAGUGCAGGAGACGGUAGCAUUGAAGCUGGAGGUGGAUGAUCUUCACAAGAGGCUGGAGAUCGCUGACCUCAUGUUGCAGCAGUGCUCCACCCAGUCAGAUCCCAAUAGUGCCAAACAACAAAUCCAACUAUUGCUUGAGGAGAAGCAGCAAAUGGAAGUGCAUAAUCAUCAGCUAAUGGAGUCAGUUGGCCAGCUGAAGACUGAGAGGGAUUGCUAUGCACAGCAGAUCCAGGAGGAGGGUCGUGUUUGGAAAGACAAAACAGAGCAACUCCUCACACAAGUGUCAUUAGUGGCGGAGGAGAGGGACAGAAACAUCAGCAGAGUCCAAGAACUUGAAGCUAGCAUCACAGAGCUAAAGAAUGCUGCAGAAUUGCUGUCCCAGGAGACUCACAGCGCUGCAGAGCCUCAGGCUUCAGGUCCUUCAGAGACCGAAGUAGCUUUGCAGGAGGCUCUCAACACUCUGCAACAAGAACACAACUCUCUUGAUGCACAGUAUCAGUCGCAAAUGCGCGACAACGAGCAGCUGAGUCGCUUGUGCUCAGAGAAAGAAGCACGUCUGGCAGAUCUGGAGCAGCAGGUGGAGAACCGGACCCAGGAGGCAGAUGACCGCCGCCGCAUGCUGGAAGACGUGCAAUCAGACAAGGCUACGAUCAGCCGCGCUCUCAACCAGAACCGCACACUGAAGGAUCAGCUGGCGGAGCUACAGAACGGCUUUGUUAAACUGACAAACGAAAAUAUGGAGCUGACCAACGCCAUUCAGUCAGAGCAGCAUGUGAAGAAGGAGCUGGCACGUAGGAUGGGGGAGCUUCAAGAGGAGAUACAUAACGCCAAAGAGCAGCUGGAAUUGAAACAUAAAGAGGCUGAAGGACUGGCAGAGCAGAGGAACCAGGUGGCGGCCCACCUGCAGCAGUACUGUGCCGGUUACCAGGCUCUUGUGUCCGAGAGGGAGCAGCUCCACCAACAGUAUUUGACACAGAGCCAGAUCAUGGAUCGGCUGCAGCAUGACGAAUCCCACGGCCGCACUCAGCUAGAAAUGAGCCAGAGUCAGCUGCACCAAGCACAGGAGCAUUUGGAGCAGUUGGUCAAAGAUAACGAGCAUUUGAAGAGUGAGGUGAGGGAGCUGCUUAACAGUUCAGCUCUCGCCGUGACGCCACGAGAUGAAGGAGACGGCAUUGAAAGUCAGUCACCCCAAGAGAGUGUUACAGAGUUGUCCUCCAUCGUCAUCCCUCAAGACUUUGAGAGCCAGAAAGAGAUGGAGGAGUUCAUCCGCGGGGCGUUGUCCCAGGUGGAGGCGGAGAGAGACGAUGCCAGGAGGCAGCUGAGGGAGGAGCACAGGCUCCACAUGGCGGCAAAGCACCAAGCCACCUUGGCUCUAAACCUAGAGCGCCACAGCCACUCCGAGCACGGGCACCAUCAUGGCGAUGAACACCCUCAUGACCAACAUAGUCACUGUGAACACCAUCACCAGCAAUCAGAAGGAGGAGUGGCGGUAGAAGUUCAUCAGGCGCUGCAGACCGCCAUGGAGAGGCUCCAACAGCGGUUCACCUCGCUCAUGCAGGAGAAGGCCGACCUGAAGGAGCGAGUGGAGGAGCUGGAGCAUCGCUGCAUUCAACUGUCUGGAGAGACAGACACUAUUGGAGAGUACAUCGCCUUGUAUCAGAAUCAGAGGGCCAUCAUGAAGCAGAAGCACCAGGAGAAGGAGCAGUACAUCACCCUGCUGGCUCAGGAUAAAGAAGAGAUGAAGGCGAAGCUUGCAGAGCUGCAGGAUCUUGUCAUGAGGCUGGUGGCCGAGAGGAACGACUGGUACAGCCGAUACAUGGAGGGCGUAACCCAGGUCAAUCCCGACCUGCUUCCUGUUGGCGAGGACCACAGUCCAGAUGCAGAGCACCAGCAUCAAGCACACCACCAGCAAGCAGAAGCCAUGGAGGUCAUCCCCCUGUCAGAGCCCACCGCCCAGGAAGCCCCCUCGUCGACUCACGUCCCCGUCCGCAGCGAGCCCGCGGCGCUGGCGCCCGAAGGAGACGGCACGGCUCAGCAGAUCAUGCAGCUCCUCCAUGACAUCCAAAACCCGCAGGGGAGCACGUCCCGACUUUCCCCCUUAAUGGGCGACAACCCCUGCAUCCCCUUCUUCUACCGCCCUGACGAGCAGGACGAGGUGAAGAUACUUGUGGUGUGAGCACUACUUCCCCUGCAUUUUAGACUCUUCUUCUUCUUCACACACAAGUGCAAUAAUAGGAACACACGUUAGCUUGAAUGUACUACAAUUUACUGUCAGCUUGCAUUUUAAAGGCCAAAAAAGGACCUGACCUCCCCAACAUCAUCUCAGCCGCUUUCUGGGCUCCCUUUUUUUUUUUUUUUUUUUACUUUCCAGGUCCUUCUGUUACGUUUUGCUUGAAUCACUCAACCGGUGUGUGUGUGUGUGUGUGUGUGUGUGUGUGUUUGUGCGCGUGUGUUUCUCUCCUGUAUCAUUUUGUAGAUUUAAUCAUGAAAUAGAAGUUUAAAUUGCACUAAAACUGUUAACACUAAGCAGCGAUGGGAUUGAUGAAGCCCCUCCCCUUGGAAGGCUGAGAUCCUGUGUUGAAAGGAAGUAAAGAAGGUGCAAGUGUGUGUGACGGAUGUAAAUAUAGAAAUAAUCACGGGACCAAUCCAUUUAAUUAUUAGAAACAUGCCCUGCCAAAUUCCCCAACAAUAACAAAUUUGUUUUGUUUUUUAACCAUAAAUCUUAAUUUGGCCCCAGAAUCAUUUUGCAUUGGAAUUAAUUUGUAGACAUGUAGAAAAACAAAAUAAAGCUGCAAAACUGGUUCUAAUUCGAUUUAAAUGUAUGAAAUAAUGUUUGAAAUACACUGUUGUGUGCCAUUGAGAGCAAGCAAUGACUGUAAAUACUGUAAGUGUGUAUCAUAUUGUAUAUUCUGCUGGGUGUGUAAGUGUGUGUGUGGCGGGGACGUUACUGACUGCAGGUGAUUGAAUACAAAGAAAGAUUAAAAUGAGAGAUGCUAUUUAUUAUUCUUAUUGUUACUAUUAUUUGGAAUGAUUGACUCCCUUUCAACCAAUCAGUUUAAAAAGUGAAGAAAUGAAGGAUGGUUCAAGUGAUUGAUUUGUUGGCAGGAGCUGUGAUUUUUUUUUUUUUUCCACCCCCCUCUACUGAAUAAAACUGAUUGAGCAACA